CUGGCCUCGCCUCUCCUCCCCUCCCUGCAGGAAGUGCUGUGGAGGAAUGAAGCGGGCCAGCUCGUGAAGUUGCUCCAACUUUUCCGCGGACACAAAUAAGGGCGAAGACCCGGCAGGCUGGAGAGAAGGGAGGCAGCCGAGUAUGGUACACGAGGGGCACUGACGGGAUGGGCCUGAAGCCGUGGAUUUGGGCACUCUGUGCCCUGCUGGUGCCCCGGACUCUGGGCAGAGAAGUCUGCACUGGAACAGAUAUGAAACUGCUUCACCCUUUCAGCCAUGAGAAUCAUUAUGAGACUCUGCGUACUCUCUAUAAGAACUGUCAAGUGAUUCAGGGAAACCUAGAAAUUACCUAUCUAAAGGAAAGUGAUGAUGUGUCUUUUCUAAAGGACAUCAUGGAAGUGCAGGGCUAUGUUUUAAUAGCACACAACCUGCUGAGCUAUGUACCCUUGGGGAAUUUACGUAUUAUACGUGGCACACAGCUGUACCAGGAUCGCUAUGCACUAGCAGUACUGUUUAACUCUGAAUCUAUGGGAUCAGCUGGACUCCGAGAACUGCGUUUAAAAAAUCUCACAGAGAUCCUGAAUGGUGGAGUAAUCAUGGAGAAUAACACACAGCUGUGCUUUCAUACAACCAUCCUAUGGAAUGAUAUCCUGAGCCAUAGCAAUUCCUUGAAAAGUGUCAUGGUUCUACAUCCUGACAUCCGAAAAUGUCCACCAUGCUCAAGCAGAUGUGAAUUGCUACCUUCAAGAACAAAUGGAUCAUGCUGGGGAGAGGGAGAAGAGUAUUGUCAGACCUUUACCAGCAGUAUAUGUCAGAGCGGCUGUCAGAGGUGUAAGGGGAGCCAUUCCACUCAUUGCUGUCAUGAGCAGUGUGCAGCUGGCUGUACUGGGCCCAAGAACUCCGACUGCUUGGCUUGCCUUCAUUUUAACAACAAUGGCACUUGUGAACUGCUCUGUCCACCUCUAAAUUGGUACAACACAGAGGCCUAUGAAACUGUUGUAAGCAAAGAUGGACGAUACACCUUUGGAGCAAACUGCGUCAUACGAUGUCCUUAUAACUACUUGGCCACGGAAGUCGGUUCCUGCACUCUUCUCUGCCCACAGGGUAAUCAGGAAGUGAUUGUAGGAGAUGUACAGAAGUGUGAAAAGUGCACCAACCUGUGCAGCAAAGUUUGCUAUGGUUUGGGAAUGGACUUUCUGAAGACCACACGGGCUGUUAAUUCCACCAACAUCCAACAUUUCCAAGGAUGCACCAAAAUCUUCGGCAACUUGGCGUUCCUUUCUGAAUCCUUCAGAGCAGAUCCAACACAGAACAUAACACCACUUACUCCGGAGGAUUUGGAAGUAUUCCAGACUCUUGAGGAAAUCACAGGAUAUAUAUACAUUGACUCAUGGCCUGAAGAGAUGUCUAAUCUCAGUGUAUUUGAGAAUUUGCGUGUAAUCCGUGGACGGCUCCUUCAUAAUGGGGCAUAUUCCCUGGUUGUCCGAAAUCUUUCCAUCUCAUCUCUUGGCUUGCGGUCUUUGAAGGAGGUCAGCAGUGGAUUGGUGCUCUUAGAGGCAAACGCUAAUCUUUGCUAUCUGGACAGUGUGCAAUGGACAAAAAUAUUCAAGAAUCCUAGACAGGGUAUACUGAAGACAACUAAUAAACCACAGAAUGAGUGUGAAAAAGAGGGGCACGUGUGCUUCCAGCUGUGUGCUAAUGCCGAGUGCUGGGGCUUUGGACCAUCUCAGUGUGUCCAGUGUAGUGGCCUGCUUCGUGGGAAGAACUGUGUGGAAUCCUGCAAUGUUGAGGAGGGGGAGCCAAGGGAAGUUGUUGAUGUAGUCCAGUGCAUACCAUGUCAUCCAGAGUGCAUGCCGCAGAAUGGAUCUCAGACAUGCUUUGGUCCGAAUGCAGAACAGUGUGUGGCCUGUGCUCACUACAGAGAUGGCACCACAUGUGUGAAUUCUUGUCCAAGUGGAAAGAAGAUGGACUCCUUUGUGCCCAUUUGGAAAUAUGCAGACAAGGAUGGAGAGUGUCAGCUGUGCCCUGUUAACUGCUCCCAUUCGUGUGAUAAACAAGAUGAGAGAGGAUGCCCUAUCAUUGUGAACAACAGUCAUAUUUACAUGAUAGUGGCAGUGGUCGGCAGCAUAUUCCUCCUCAUGACAGGUGCAGUUGUUGUUGUACUGUUUGUCAAGCGCAGAAAGCAUCUGAAAAAGAAGCACACCAUGCGGCGCUUUGUUGAUAACGAGUUGGUGGAACCGUUAACCCCAAGUGGAGCCAUGCCUAACCAGGCACAGAUGAGGAUUCUCAAGGAGACAGAGUUGAAGAAAAUGAAAAUCCUGGGGUCUGGUGCUUUUGGCACUGUGUAUAAGGGUAUCUGGAUCCCAGAUGGAGAGGACAUUAAAAUCCAGGUUGCCAUCAAAGUUUUGCGAGAAAACACUUCUCCGAAAGCCAACAAAGAAAUCCUGGAUGAGGCCUAUGUCAUGGCGGGAGUAGCAAGUCCUUAUGUGUGUCGUCUGCUGGGCAUCUGUCUAACAUCCACAGUGCAGCUGGUUACCCAGCUCAUGCCAUAUGGUUGCUUACUGGAAUAUGUGCGAGAAAAUAAGGAUUGCAUUGCCUCCAAAGAUAUACUGAACUGGUGUGUGCAGAUAGCGAAGGGUAUGACAUAUCUAGAGGAGGUCCGGUUGGUGCACAGGGAUCUGGCUGCCAGGAAUGUAUUGGUGAAAAACCCAACACAUGUAAAGAUCACAGACUUUGGCUUGGCACGGUUGCUGGAUGUGGAUGAAACAGAAUAUCAUGCAGAUGGAGGGAAGGUUCCCAUUAAAUGGAUGGCUUUGGAAUCUAUCCUGCACCGAAAGUUCACACACCAGAGUGAUGUAUGGAGCUACGGGGUAACCGUGUGGGAACUCAUGACCUUUGGUGCAAAACCAUAUGACGGUAUUCCUGCACGGGAGAUUCCAGACCUCCUGGAGAAGGGAGAAAGGCUCCCGCAGCCUCCUGUUUGUACCAUUGAUGUGUAUAUGAUCAUGGUGAAAUGCUGGAUGAUAGACUCUGAGUGUCGGCCCAAGUUCCGUGAGCUGGUCACUGAGUUUUCCCGCAUGGCUCGUGAUCCACAGCGUUUUGUGGUCAUUAAGGAUGAAGAACUCUUGGCUCAGGCUACCCCCUUGACUACACAAUUCUACAGUGAACUGUUGCGGGAGGUUGACAUGAAAGAGUUGGUGGAUGCUGAUGAGUACCUUGUUCCUCAGCAUGGAUUUUUUGGGUCUGGGGAUCCCACAAUGGAACAUCGCAGUAGAAUAUCAUCUACACAGAGCACAACUGAGAAUGAUCGACCAUUGUUGGAUGGAACAGCUCCCGUGGUCUCUCUAUCUCGCACUCUGUCACAUGAAUCAGCUGCCAGUGGCUCUGACGACAGUGACGGGGACAAUGUGUUUGAUCCAUCUCCCAGAGAUAACACCCUUAGAGGCAGAUACUGCGAAGACCCAACAGAACUUGGAGUAGGUAAUAUAAUCGAUGGAAGGAUGAUGGACAUCAACGGUUGUACAUCCCCAGCAUCUCCUGCAUACCCUUCAGAGUAUGUAAACCAAAGAGAACCAAGCAGAAGUCGUUCCUCAGUAAAGACACCAAGAACAUCUGUUUCCACCCUAGAAAGACAUAAGGGACAGGUAUGCAGGAAUGGCUUUAUCAGAGAGCCAAUGAGCCCAGCAACCAUAGCUGCGGUGGAGAAUCCAGACUAUCUCCCCUCACCAGGACUACAAGCACCAAACUUUUUCCCACAAGCCUUUGACAAUCUUUAUUACUGGAACCAUGAACUCAAUGCAAGAAGCGAACAGGAUCCCAACCCAGGACCUAAUGGAUUUACUACUCCAACUGCAGAAAAUCCAGAAUACUUGGGACUGGAUGGGGCAAUUAUGAGACCCCGGGAUGUGACGGCAUAGCCAGGCCCUGAAGUUAAGGGAGUCAGCUGUUUUUGAAGACAUCAUGAACUUCUUUUUUU